AUGUUAAGUACGAUUCGGGAGCUAAUCACGUUCCAUUUCUCAUUAGUGUCCUCGGAAAGGUCGAUUAGGGAUGAAGUAGCAAAACAAAUAGCGGAAUCGAUAAAUAAAUUAUCGAUUGCAUGGUCCGGUUCGGAUGCCGGAAGUUUACCAGAGAAUGUCAGGAAUCAGAGCAGAGACUCUGAUACUGAAACAGAUCGCGAAGUCGAGGCGCGGAAUAGAGAACCGAGCAGAAGAAAAUUAGGAUCCAUUCGUAAGAAUGAGAACGUUGGCCCUCCAUUACCCCCUCUCGCGAGAUGGAAUUCGUAUGGGUAUCCCGCGUAUCCUUAUUGGUACCCUUUCCACUUACCGCCGCCGGGACAUAGUACACCGUUUGAUCAGCAAGGUAGCAGGAAUCCGAGUUUGUCUAAGAGGGAUGGAAGGAGGCAAGAAAGGGACAUAAGGCCUAAAAAGAAAAAUCGCGAAUCGAGGAAGCAGAAAGUUUCUGCUCCACCACCGAUUGAAUCAUCAGAUUCAAACGGAGAUGAAUCGGCAAGAUCGAGUUCGGCAUCGGAACCAAGAAGUCGUAGAUCCCCUUCUCAAAGUCGGAGACGUCGUCAUCGAAGUAGACGUCCGGUUUGGGAAUGGAAUCUACGCUACGAUGGUAAAGAUAACGGCCAAAAUCUUAUCAAAUUCAUUAAAGAAGUCGAAUAUUACGCGAAUUCGGAAAACGUUUCGGAACGUGAACUCUUUCGUUCGGCCAUAUAUCUUUUUAAAGAUCAAGCAAAGGUAUGGUUCCUUUCUGGGAUGGAAACUGAAGAGUUUACAAACUGGAAGGAACUGGUUCACGAGAUGAAGAGGGAAUUUUUGAGCCCCGACCAUGAUCACCGGAAUGAAGUAAAGGCCAUCGCGCGAAAACAAGGACCAAAGGAAAGUUUUCAAGAAUUUCUCGCUGAAAUGCAGAAAAUUUUCAAUUCGUUAACAAAACCGUUGUCAGAGGGCAAGAAAUUUGAGAUUGUCUGGAGAAAUUUACGUUCGGAUUAUAAAGGCCAUGCCGUCGCGUCAAAUAUCGAUAAUUUAGCGGAUUUGAAGAAAUUCGGUAGACAACUAGAUGCCACUUACUGGUUCAAAUACGCGAAUCCCAUUGACAAUAAUCCACGAAAUCGUCGUGAGGUUAAUGAGAUUAAAACGGGAGCUAUACCAAAAUAUCCGCCUCCGCACGAUUCAAAGAAAGAAAAAUCACGAACCUUCACCAGAACAAGACCGGAAGUUACAUCAGAAGAUGAGCGUAGUAAAAGAAGAGGUUUGAAAGAAGUCGUAGGCCAGGAAAAUAGGACUAGAAAGGAGAAAGAUGCAGGACUAGAAAUGAUAGUAAGGAAAUAUGUUCCUCCGGAGAAAGGAAUAUGUUUCAAUUGUCGGUUGAGAGGCCAUCAUUUUGAAGAAUGUGAGGGUUUGCCUCACAAAUUCUGUCAAAGGUACAACCUGAAGGGGCAGGUUUGUCAGGAGAAUUCAGAAAUCCCUGCAAAUAAACGACAAUUAUAUCCCGAUUUGAGUCAAUAUGGUCUUCGUCCCAUUAAAGAGGACGAGUAUGGACCGAAAGAACCGGAAGUAGAUGAACUGUUCAUGCAGUUGCAAGGCGAUGAUCGUCCCUUUGCGGAAAUUUCUAUUUUUGACUGUCCAAUUAUUGGCCUUCUUGACAGUGGAGCACAUCGAAGCAUACUGGGGAUAGGGGCGAGAGGUUUCGUGAAGAAGUUAAAGUUAAAAAUCUUUCCUUCCGAACUAGAACUCCGAACGGCCAACGGUCAAAAACUUGCGAUAGAAGGAGUAGUUAACCUACCGGUAACGUUCAACGGAAGCACCAAAAUUAUCGAGACCUUGAUUGCACCAGAACUGAAAAGGAAAUUAAUUCUAGGAACAGAUUUCUGGAAAGCAUUCAACAUAACCCCAACAGUGCAAGCACUGCACGUUGAGGAAAUGCAAACGGUUCUAGAAAAGAAUUAUUUGAAUGAAGAGCAGUUAAGACGUUUAGAAAAGGUUAAGUCGUUGUUCAAGGUGGCCGAAGAUGGUCGCCUUGAUGAAACCCCACUGAUAACUCACAGGGUAGAACUGAGUCAGGAAGCCAAAAAGUGUGGACCAAUACGUAUUAAUCCUUUUCCCACAUCCCCGAAGCGUCAACAGCAGAUAAGUGAAGAAAUCGACAACAUGUUGAAGGCCGGUAUAAUAGAGAAGUCGUAUAGUGACUGGGCUCUCCGUUUGGUCCCCGUGGAUAAGAGUGAUGGAACGGUUCGGUUGUGUUUAGACGCGAGGAAACUGAACGAGUUGACAGUUCGAGACUCCUAUCCUCUGCCUCAUGCUGACCGCAUUCUAAGUAGACUUGGGCCAUGUAAGUUCAUAUCAACGGUAGAUUUAUCAAAGGCUUUCCUGCAAAUCCCACUACAUCCCAAGUCUAGGAAGUUCACUGCGUUCUCAGUAUUGGGCCGGGGAUUGUUCCAAUUCCGCCGACUCCCAAUGGGCAUGGCCAACUCUAGCGCCUGUUUAGCGCGAUUGAUGGACAAGAUAUUGGGUUCAGGGGAGUUGGAACCAAACGUUUUUGUCUAUUUGGAUGAUAUUAUCGUUCUUAGCAAUACGCUUGAGGAGCAUCUCGAGCUGCUUCAGGAAGUUGCCUCACGUCUCAACACAGCAAACCUGUCUAUCAACUUACCAAAGUCCAAAUUCUGCGUACCGGAAGUGACAUACUUAGGAUAUGUUUUGUCCUCAGAAGGACUUCGCCCGAACCCUGAUAGAGUAGAAGCAAUUCUAAAUAUCGAAAGACCAACAUCUCUUAGGUCCCUUCGAAGGUUCCUAGGGAUGUGCAAUUAUUAUAGGAGGUUCAUAGCCAAUUAUAGUGAGAUUGUUCGUCCCUUAACGGAGCUUUUGAAGGACAAACCUAAGAGUGUUCGUUGGAAUCCUGAAGCGGAAACCAGUUUUGUUAGAAUCAAAGAACUUUUGAUCAGCGCCCCGAUACUUACAAAUCCCGACUUUACUAAGCCCUUUGCCAUCCAUUGUGAUGCAAGUGACACUGCCGUCGCAGGGGUCUUGACACAGACUAUCGAUGAUCUUGAGAAACCCAUAGCAUACUACUCUCACAAGUUAGGGGCUGCACAGCAGAGAUAUUUUGCCACCGAAAAGGAAGCACUGGCGAAAAUCUAA